CGCCUUUGUAAAUAGCGACGUUCUGCAGUUGUGUGUGUGCGCCGCUGGGCGAGUCUUCGCCGCGUCUGUCUCCGUAGCUCCCCAUUUUCCGAGAAAAGGAGAGGAGAAUUAGCUCCGGGAGGAGGGCCGCCGCCAUUAUUGGGAAGCUGGGGGAAAAAAACACUUUCACACACACACAAUCUCUUGUUAAAUUGAUAAGGACGUUACCAAUUUAUUGCAUGAAGCCAGUUUAGAAUAAACCUCGUACGGCAAUUGCAGCAAACUCGACUGGUGUCCCGUGCAUGAUCGAUCCAGCAUAAUGUUGGCACAACAAUGGACAUAAUAAUUGGUCAAAAGCAACGUGGUGAACCAAGGAGAAGACGGUGAAACAAGCUUUUAUUCUCCGAGGAGAGAAAAAAAACAGGAAGAUCAUUGUUUUUACGCGGCGAGGGCUGCGGCAAGCGCUGGCCUGACAGAUUCAGGGAGAAUGCGAUGGCUCAUAGCUACAUUAGGAAUGACUGAGAGAAGCCUCUGCCUUUGCUACACCCCUACACUGCUGUUGAUAAAACAUGAAGCACACUAGAAGAAACACCAACUAAUCUGCCACUCACAUCCAGGUGUACUCUUCUAUCGAGUCCCUGAAUAUGGCAAGAUGAGUGUCAGCAGACGAUAAUGAUGGCGAAAAAGCAGGAUGCGAAGUCACCCACAUACAACCUUAUUGUUGUGGGUUUGUCAGGGACGGAGAAAGAGAAGGGCCAGUGUGGAGUGGGUAAGUCCUGCCUGUGCAACCGCUUUGUGCGCCCCAGUGCUGAUGACUUCUAUCUGGACCACACGUCAGUGCUGAGCACCAGCGACUUUGGGGGCAGAGUGGUUAACAAUGACCACUUCCUGUUCUGGGGGGAGGUGGGGCGGGUGGUGGAGGAGGGGCCGGAGUGCAGGAUGCAUGUGGUGGAGCAGACCGAGUUCAUUGAUGACCAGACAUUCCAGCCACACCGCAGCACUGCCAUGCAACCCUACAUCAAGAGGGCGGCCUCCACCAAGCUGGCCUCUGCAGAGAAGCUGAUGUACUUCUGCACGGACCAGCUGGGGCUGGAGCAGGACUUUGAGCAGAAGCAGAUGCCUGAGGGCAAGAUACAGGCUGACGGGUUCAUGCUCUGUAUGGAUGUCAGUAGGGGGAUGAACCGCAACUUUGACGACCAGUUGAAGUUUGUCACAAACCUUUACGGUCAUCUGAGCAAAACAAAGAAGCCCAUUGUGCUCGUCUUAACCAAGUGUGAUGAGGGGGUUGAACGCUACAUCAAAGAUUCUCACACCUUUGCCAUCACUAAAAAGAGUCUUCCAGUAGUGGAGACAUCUGCACGCUCUAACAUCAAUGUUGACCUAGCCUUCAUUGCUUUGGUGCAACUCAUUGAUAAGAGCAGGGGCAAGCCCAAGAUCAUUCCUUACUUUGAAGCCCUCAAGCUCCAGAGUCAGCAGAUAGCCCUGGCUAAAGACCGAUACGAAUGGCUAGUCAACCGCAUAGUGAAGAACCACAACGAGACCUGGCUUAACACCAGCCGACGCAUGCACAGCUCCUCAGAGUUCAAGGAAUACGUCUUUCUAGAGGGUACAGCGAAAUGCAAGAAGCUCUUCCAGCAGCAUGUGUACCGCCUGAAACAGGAGCACAUUGAGAGACGUCGGAAAAUCUAUCUGAGCACUCUUCCUCUAGCACUUAGCUCCCUGGUGCCUGACCUGGAUGAGAUCGACCAGCUGAGCUGGUCUGGGGUUCAGAAGGUCCUGGAGUCCAAGCAGCACUUUGCCCAUUGGUUUGUGGUUUUGGAGGACUCUCCAUGGGAGGACACGUCUCACAUAGAUAACAUGGAGGAUGAGCGCAUCCCGUCAGACCUGUUGGAGACGGCCCCAGCCGAGUACAUUUUCAACGCCCACCUGGAGCACCUGAGGAAUGAGUGCAAGCGGGCCGAGAUGAGGCAGGAGUUCAAGCACAAGCUGGCCUGUUCUCCCUUUGUCACGCCAGGCAAGCCCUGGGAAGAGGCCCGCAGCUUCAUCAUGAACGAAGACUUCUACCAAUGGUUGGAGGAAUCAGAGUACCUGGACCUCUACAACCGCCACCAGAAAGAGAUAAUAGACCACGCUAAAGAGGACUUCCAGGAGCUGCUGCUGGAGUAUUCUGAGCUCUUCUAUGAGCUGGAGGUGGAUGCCAAGCCCAGCAAGGAGAAGAUGGGGGCCAUCCAGGAGGUUCUAGGGGAGGAACAGAGGUUCAAGACUCUGCAGAAGCUUCCAGCUGAGAGAGAUGCUCUGGUGUUGAAGCAUAUCCACUUUGUCUACCACCCAACCAAGGAGACCUGUCCCAGCAGCCCACAGUGUGGAGACUUCAAGAUAGAGCAGCUCCUGGCCUCACGUUUCCCAACAUGCUACCCAUUCUUCAAUGUGAAGUCCCAUUUUGGGGAUAUUAAAGCUGACCGAAUCAACCUUGUGAUAUUGGGCAAAGACGGACUGGCCAGGGAGUUUGCCAAUGAGAUCAGGACUCUGUGUACCAAUGACGACCGGUAUGUGCUGGAUGGGAAAAUGUAUGAGCUGACCCUGCGACCUAUCGAGGGAAACGUACGACUUCCUGUAAAUUCCUUUCACACUCCCACUUUCACACCCCAUGGAUGCCUGUGUCUGUACAACUCAAAAGAGUCCCUAACUUACGUCGUAGAAAGCAUUGAAAGGUUGCGGGAGUCAACUAUAGGUAGAAGGGAUAGCCAUAUAGCUCAGCUUUUAACAUCUCUGCUCUUGGUUACUAAAAGGGGAGUAGGGACAUAUGCAGAUAUUGGGGGAGAAACUGCCUUAGGCCUAAUAAAACAGGGACAGCAGGUAGCAAGGAGACUGCAGUGUAGCUUCCUAGACCCAGCCUCUCCUGGUGUGGGCUAUGGGCACAAUGUGAAUGACAGUCAGAUCAAUCAAGUAUUGAGGGGUCUCCUGGACUCUAGGAGGAGCUCAUCUUUUAGUAGCAGCUCCCCACCUCUGCCCCCUAAACCUCCAGGCCCAAGAGACUCUCCUCACCAGCCCAGCCCAGAGGCAGACAUCCGCAUCGUCAUGUGCUUGAUGUGUGGAGACAAUUACGACGUGGAACAGCUCCUCUCUCCCUUCCUACUGCCUCAGCACUGCAGGCCAACAUCCAAUAGUGGGACCUCAGUGAUACUGGAGCAGACAGUGGGGCCUCACAAACAGGUGAUUGAGCUCUCCCUUCUUUCCUACCACGCCUCCUUCUCCCUGAGGAAGAGCAGAUUAGUGCAUGGCUACAUUGCUGUGUACUCAGCCCGCCGCAAGGCCUCCCUGGAGACUCUAUGUGCCUUCCUGUGUGAGAUCCAGGACAUCAUCCCUGUUCAGCUGCUGGCAGUAGGGGAGAGCCAGGUGGAGCUCACAGAAAGUGAGUCUGCCAGAGAGCAGCUAGUCCAGGGAGAGGAGCUGGCCCAAGAGAUAGAAGGCAGGUUCAACAGUGUGGUGUGUGGGUCUGGAGGGGUGGUGGGCGGCCUGCACAGGAUAGAGAUGUUCCAGCACUUCCUGAUGGAGGUGGUGGAGAAACGCAACAUUGUGGAGGCAACACACAUGUAUGAUAACGUGGCUGAGGCCUGCACUAACGACACUGCCUACUCCCCUCGCUGUAGCUCACCCAGCCCUGGCAACAUGUUCCUAGACUCUGAUGUGGAUGACGUGGAGCCCUCCCCACCCUACUUCGAUGGCACACUCACCUCCCAUGGUGGGGGCUUCAACCUGCCUGACCUGGACUCCAGCGAUGUCUCGGUCAUCUCUGACAUCAGCUCCUUUGAGAACAAACUCAACAGCAAGGUCCCUCCCCAGGUGAGGCCCAAGCCCACUGUGACCUUUGACUUCCGGAAGGUGGGCCGAAACCCCUACAACACGGAUACCAUGGGCCACCGUCGCUCCCUGCCCUCUGCUGUGACAUGGGUACCAGGUGGGGACGGAGGUUACGACCCCUCAGACUAUGCAGAGCCUAUGGAUGCUGUGUCCAAGCCCCGGCCCAGCAACGAGGAGAUCAUCUACUCUGUGCCCCAUGACAGCACGCAGGGCAAGAUAAUCACCAUCCGCAACGCCAACAGGAUGCACUCAAAUGGAAACGGCUCGGACAGUGAGGCAGACAGCAGUUCCCUGGAGCGCUGCAGGAAGUUCUCGGCGGCGGGGGUGAAGCCCCGGCUGUACCGGGACCGCUCCAAACGCCUGGGUAAGUUCAGCAGCUUUCGCACUAGCUUCAUUGGCAGCGACGACGAGAUGGGGGCCCUGCCAAAGACCAAGGAGGAUGAGUUCGGAACCCUGAAAGGAGACAUCAUCAAUGAGGAGGGAGAGGACCCCAAGAAGAGGAACAUUCUGAAGAGCCUACGGCGAACUGCCAAGAAAACCAGACCAAAGCCUCGGCCCUCUAUUCCCAAGCCCCUGGAGAGCAACUACUUCGGGGUACCCCUGAUCAAUGUGGUGUUCCCAGACAGACCUAUCCCACUUUUUAUUGACAAGUGUGUCCACUUCAUUGAGACCACCGGCCUCAACACAGAGGGGCUGUACAGGGUGAGCGGGAACAAGUGUGAGAUGGAGAGCAUGCAGAGGCAGUUUGACCAGGACCAUGGGCUGGACCUAGUGGAGAAGGACUUUGCCAUCAACACGGUGGCUGGGGCUCUGAAGGCCUUCUUCUCUGAGCUGCCGGAGCCAUUGGUGCCCUGCAUUCUGCAGGUGGAGCUGCUCGAGGCCUUCAAAAUCAAUGACAGGGAACAAAGGCUCUACACCAUGAAGGAUGUGCUGAGGAAGUUCCCCAGGGAGAACUAUGACGUUUUCAGAUUUGUCAUGAGCCACUUACACAAGGUGAGCCAGCUGAGCAGACAGAACCUGAUGACCAGUGAGAAUCUGUCCAUCUGUUUCUGGCCCACUCUGAUGCGGCCAGACUUCACCACCAUGGACGCCCUGACGGCCACGCGGACCUACCAGACAAUCAUCGAGACCUUCAUCCACCAGUGUGCUUUCUUCUUCUACAACCAGCCCCUCCUGGACUCCCCCACUGGCCUGGCUGGCCUCCCUGCCUCCCCCACCACCACCCUCACCGGUGGCUCUACCUAUUCCUGCUACCGCUCCUCCCCUCCCCCACCACCACGCAAUUCAGCCCCCUGCAGCAGUCGCCCCCACCACCCCCCAGUCACCCCUGCAGUCCCUCCUCCCCCUCCACCAACACCCCCACUGCGCCCCCACCGAGCAAGAGACACUGUAAAAGACACUGUGAAAGACACUGAGAAGGGAGCACACGCCGUACCCCUGAUCUGAUGAUGCUGAACCUCCGUCACUUACACACACACACACACAAACACACACACCAACACACACACUGACACUACCUUGUUUGGUCAUUGAUAAUAACAUAGAUAAAGAGAGAGAGGAGACGAGGAGCGCUUGAUAAACAAACUUGCCACUAGUGAACAGCAUCCAGCUGACCUGCCACCUGUGUGCCAGAUCCCAAUGCUGACUCUUCCCCUCCACCCCUCUAUAGCCCCUGAUAACCUGGAAUGUGACUCUAGGACUCACCAACAGGAGGCCCAGGGGAAAGAACAGAGUGGGUUUCAUUGUUACAGUAAGACUCUCUCUGCCAACCAACCAUUUUAACCCUAAUGAUACACUAUAAUGAAAAAGUCCAAGCCUCCAUGUCAAGUUGGAAGAUAUGAUUUGUGCCCAUAGCUAUGUUGUUAUUUGUGUAUAAUAAUUUGACAUCUGUUUCUUUCUGUUUGUUAAUGAAAGUAGCCACUGGAUGUAUGGACUGUGCUCUGAAGGCUGUCGGCAGUAACGUGCCACACCGCUGUUUGGGGAGCCUACCUCUCUGCCUGAAGGACCCCUGCUAUGUGGUUGGGGGGGUUCAGUGGGGAUGGGGGGUUGGGAGAGUGGGGGGACAUCCAAGGAUGCACUUUAAUGGUCAGAGUGUUUUUGUUUUAAAAAAUGUAUCCCAAAAGGGUGUUGUUGGGCCAGAAUGUUUUAGUGUGAUGAGUUCCCAGCUCAAUCAGCCAUACCCAUUGCCUCUCUGAAGGGGCCUUGGCAGAUCAAAAUGUUGUUUACACCCAAACCCUUGUAUUUGUAUCCACAUACUUAUCUGAAGCACUUUUAAACUCUAGUGUGAAGUUCCAUGAAAUACAACCUUGAUCAAUUGACUUUGUUUUAAUGGCUGGGUGGGUGUGGCAGUAGUAGAGAGGGACUCCUUAACAUGACCCUGUCAUAAAAGUGUUAUUUUAGAGGAUUCGGGGCUCACUUUAUAACCCCAUGGAAAACCAAACAAUAAUACUGAUUACACAUUCCUCUUUCAUCUUAGUCAAGACAGAAAUAGUUUGUUCUGGGAAUGCAGGUUUGAAUAGCAUGCAGUUCCCCCUCUCUUUUUCGAACUGCUGUUGCUUUACUAAUUGUUGUGAAUAUGGAAGUUGCCUAGUGUUGUUUAGGCAAGUAAGUUUGAGCCAGGGUCAGUUAAUCAGCCCCUUUAGGAUCCAGGAGAGGAAUGCUCUUGCUUAAGAUGACCUCAGGUCCACUCCAUCAGUUAGGGUUUGAUGAUGGAACAUUGAUUAUGGGAAUUAUUGACAGAAACCUCAGACAGUAGCAUAAUGAGGGAGAGGUUAGAGAGACAUUAGUUAUACCAGACAAGUCCUCUAUGUACUGUCUUUGUUCCACUGUGUUAUCUGGUGGCCAUGGAAAGCACUGCCCUAUUGCAAAAUGAUGCUGGAUAUGUUGCUAUGGGUGUCUAGCCAGUUGAACUCUUUGUACUCAUCUAAUAUUAAGGACCUUAAACUGAGGUAAGGUGUGCAUACAGAAAACACUACCAUGGCAACGAACUACAGUACAGUAAUAACAGUAUAGUAUAUCCUAUAGAGAUGUAUGGACUCAUGCCCAGGAAUGUCAACAAAGCAUAGAGUAACUAGCUCCAGUGUUCUAUGGGAUUUAUGUUGGUGUUUAACUGUCCUCUCUCUUGUUGAAAAAAAAAACAAGUAGUCAAGGUAAAGUAGUUUAAUGAAUACUCCUGGUAUAUUAUGUAUUCUUCUACCAAUAUAAGAUAAAAAGCAUUGCCACAGGCAGGCGCCUUUUGGGGUUGACUGAGGAUUGGCCAGGAGGCAUGGCAGUAAUCUGUCAGCCAUGUUGGAUUGUUCUCAAGCUGCCUGCUCAGAACAGAUCAGUCAAAACUAUUGGUUGUAUUGAGGGUCAACUCUACUCAAUACUUGGGAUCACUCACUGGUACUUAUCCUCUGUGUUUUCAUGCUGUGGGAGGCAGUUGUCUCUGUGAUCAAUAUACUAACGCUGCAGUGACUCCUCACCCAGUACAGUAUAUUAUUACCACAUACACAACAGAUCAGAUGGGAGAUGGAUAGGGAAAACAAAUUGUCCCAUUAGAAUGUGACUUUGGCUCAGAGGAUUAAUGUGGCUGCAUCACAUAAUUUCUGACACAACUUUGACAGAUCUGCAGUUCAUUGAAGAAAAAAAGGCAAGAGCAUACUAUAGUAAAAUGGUUGUUUAUUUGUAUGUUAGGGGGUCUAACACUUUGCCCUUUAGUCAAUGGUAGAACAUUUUUUUUAGUGUGCAUUUCAAUGAUUUGAAAGUAAAAAUUUUACAAUUUUGUGAAUGGUUUAAGGCCACUUCAGUUUAGUGCAUGAUUUAACAACACACCAAGGGAGAAGGUUCAACAACUCAUUAUUUUAAAACAUGAAAGUGUGACAACAAAAUAAUACAAAAGUGAAAUAGCAAGUGAAAGAUGAAGUACUGUUCAGCAACAGCAAACCAGGGGAUUUGUCUGACUUGAGAAUGGUGUAUGACGAUGAAGGCCUUAUGUGAUCUGUAUAAUAGUGAAUAAAUUCAAUCUUGUAAAAUUGC